CCCGCAGCUUUCCCUUUUCUGCCCUGUUUCAGGCUCCUGGCUCCUUCUCUGCUCCAGGCUCCUGGCUCCUUCCCUGUCAGUGCCUCGGAGGAGGGGAGGCAACACCAUGGCCCCCCGUGCGGCCGCCAUCCGCCAAACCUGCUGCUGCUUUAACGUUCGCAUCGCCACCACUGCCCUGGCCGUCUACCAUGUGAUUAUGAGCGUAUUGCUGUUCAUUGAGCACUCAGUGGAGGUGGCCCACGGCAAGGCCUCCUGCAAGUUCUCGAAGACAGGCUACCUCAGGAUCGCGGAACUGAUCUCCAGCUUCCUGCUCAUCACCAUGCUUUUUAUCAUCAGCCUGAGCCUGCUGGUGGGCGUGGUCAAGAACCGGGAGAAGUACCUGCUGCCCUUCCUGUCCCUGCAAAUCAUGGACUUCCUCCUGUGCCUGCUCACCCUGCUGGGCUCUUACAUCGAGCUGCCCGCCUACCUCAAGUUUGUCUCCCGGAGCAGCAGCCGGGCGGGCCCCUCCAAGGUCCCACUGAUGACCCUGCAGCUCUUGGAUUUCUGCCUGAGCAUCCUGACUCUCUGCAGCUCCUACAUGGAAGUGCCCACCUAUCUCAACUUCAAGUCCAUGAACCACAUGAAUUACCUCCCCAGCCAGGAAGGUAUGGCUCACAACCAGUUCAUCAAGAUGAUGUUCAUCUUCUCCAUCGCCUUCAUCACUGUCCUCAUCCUGAAGGUCUACAUGUUCAAGUGUGUGUGGAGAUGUUACAGAUUCAUGAAGUACAUGAACUCGGCUGAGGAGAGGAGCAGCUCCAAGAUGCUGCAGAAGGUGGUCCUGCCAUCCUAUGAGGAAGCCGUGUCUCUGCCAUACAAGAUUCCGGAGGGGGGCCCAGCACCACCCCCAUACUCAGAGGCGUGACAUUCACCAGGCCCCAGCCCUGGUGCUGGGAGGGGCGGAGCUACCUCGCAAUCCGCUUCUUUGCUUAGGUGGCCCCUGUGGCCUGGGUGAACCACCUGGCUGACUUCAGGACAAUCCGCUUGUGUCCCGCUCGCUGGCCUGCUUUUCCUGCGGGGCCUGGGAGAUGCUCACAACUGGGUCAACCCCUUUAGGCUGAAUGAUUGGGUCUCAAAAAUUCAGUCCAACAGCACUCAGCUUCUUUUGAUCAGCUCUGACGUUGGUUUAAACGAUUGGUCUUUCUAAAGUCAGUGAGUUUGGUUAAAUACCUCUCAACUUGACCAGUUUUACCAAGUGACUGACAAAUCAAAAACACACUUGUCAUUUCAGUGAAAACAAUGUGGUCAAACAAAAGAGUCCAUUGUGUCAGUUUGUAAAUAGUUGUCAAUUCGCAGAGCAAUUUAGUCAAGUAAUCAUCAGUUAGUCCUCCCCACCAAAUACAUCCAUCCAUUUUCUUCCAAUAGUUCCUUAAGCAAUUAUUAAGUCAGCCAACCCUCAGUUAAUUUAGAAUAGUGAUAAAAUCCAAUAAUAAAAAAAUCAACUUAGCCCCCCAAACCAUUCAAUUCAAUCUAGUCCAAUAACCGGCUGCCCCCUGUGGUCAAUUCAGUACUUGUGAGUCCUGACCCACAGCCCAUCCGUUGCCAGAUAGGUUGUAGGCCACCCAAUUCUGCCCGACACUUGUGGUCGAGCAGAAAUUCAGCGCUGAAAUCAGGCAAACCCAUUUGUUGGACUAAAUCCACAGGUUAGUUCAGUCAAAACAGGCAAACCCUUUGUGGGCACAGUCCCCGCCCGGGGGGUUCGUGUUGGUGGGGCCAUAGGGGAGGUUUUGGUCCCUGCACCCCCUCUUUUGCCUGCUUCCCUGGGGGUUGGGAUUCCCGAGGUCGCUGACCCAAAGGCGGAGAUAAGGCCACAGAGGCGGGUUCUCUGGGGUCUGCGAGGGGGGUGCAGAGGGCGAGGGCUGUGCAAGGGGCUCCCCACCGCACCCCUGUGUCAUUGCUUUGUGUGACGGGGAAGAAGUUUCAAUAAAGCAGCAACACGCUUC